AUGUCCAAGUCUUCCAGACAGAGUCAAUGUCUGCUGGUCUGUGCAGUGUUUGCACUCCUUCACCUUCCAAGAGUCCAGCCAGCAUGCGGGGGCAACAUCAUGCGAGUGUGCGACGCCACGGACACAGUCGAGGCAUCUUUCUACAUGGUGCCACAGUUCGGAGCAGACAAGAACAUCACUACUCCAAUAACCAAAACACGCCAUAUAUUUGGAGAAAAGAACUGCCAGAAAGCCAGCAGCACAAAAACUCCCGGUUCCCCAUUGUGUCCUGUGCACUAUAUCCUCAACUUCGACGCUGUCCGAGAACCGUCGAUGAUCGUUGAAGCAGUAUGCACAUGCGCUUACGGCGAUGGAUACACGCAUGCGUGUAGCCCAGUGUACUACUUCCGCCCGGUGCUGGAGUACGACCGGAAGAAGCAGUGUGGUCGGAAAGUCAUCAGACGGUUCCAGAGCGGGUGCAUGUCUACUCGAGUGGAGUUUGCUCGCUAA